AUGCCGAUACCAAUCAUCGAAACGUGCCGUAAGAGAAAGAGGAAGCCCAAAGUUUACAGCUCGUUACGGUUCGGCGAAGAUGGGGUUCCGAUUAACCGGAACGGAUCGUUUCGGGAUCAGAUUAGGGUUUUUUUGCGGGAUUGUGCUGAUGUAGAGGAUUAUAAUGUUCGUGGUAUGCCUGUUUGGUGUACGCUUCUUGGUCAUGAGACGACGAGCUCUGUUGUUCCGCUUUACACCGUUGAAGAAGAUGUUGCUCGUUCUUCGGAACCUUAUUGCGAUCAAUGUCGAUGCACAGGGUGGAGCAAUCAUUUAGUGUCAAAGAGGAAGUAUCACUUUAUAAUACCAACUGAUUCUGAGUGGAAUAUGCCAUUAGAAGAUGAUGUUUUUGAUCUACAAAUUCAUCUCUUACAUGGAGUGAUUCAUGGUAAUGGAUGUGGUCAUUUGAUCUCCAUCAAUGGUAUGGAAGGAGGUUCUAAGUAUAUGUGCGGAAGAGAAAUCGUUGAUAUUUGGGAUAGGAUUUGUAAUAGCCUUGGAGCACGGAUGAUAACUGUUGAAGAUUUCUCUAAGAAGAGAUCUCUUGACCUGAGGUUGCUUUAUGGUGUAGCUUAUGGCCAUUCCUGGUUUGGUAGAUGGGGAUACAAGUUCUGUCGUGGAAGUUAUGGUGUGACCAAGGAUGACUAUGAGAACGCAAUAGAGCUUCUUGGUUCACUAGAACUUGAUCAGAUAGACGUUGAUUUCAGUGAGCAUCAACAAACUAAAGAUAUCAAACAAGUUAUUCGGCAUUACAGAGAAAUGAGUGAAGGUCAUUUGAGGACAUUCCGAGAUCUUUUGCGGUUUAUGCUCAUCAUCAAGUCACAUGCUUCUCCCCAAAAGCUUCUUCCUGCGACUCCUCCUCUCCUGACAGAUUCUCCUCAUCCAAAAAGAUCAAACAGGUUGCUUUUGAAGAAAAGUGAUAUCGCUCAUAAUGAGAAGUCUCCGAAAUAUAGGAACUAUAGGACUGUGGCAGCUAACUUGGGUAGUAGAUGGCCUGUGAGGAGACUGGAAUUUGCAGCUGAAGUGAUAGUAGAGUCACUGAAAGAGAUGAAAGCAAUGAAUCCAAAUGGUAUGACUCGGCAAGAUGUUAGGGAUUCAGCUAGAUUGCAUAUUGGGGAUACCGGUCUGCUGGAUUAUGUGCUCAAGUCUAUGCACAAUGUGGUCAUUGGGAAUGUUUUGGUCCGGCGUUAUGUUGAUCCCAUUACACGUAUUCUGCAUUAUACAAUACAGGAGCUUGGUGAUGCAAUGAAAGCCAUAGAACCAAAGAAAGAAGAAGCUGUUGUGCUAGCAGAGAUUACUCCUUUGAGGAUUUUUACUCCAUUGAAACCUGGAGCUGAUGUUUAUGGAGAUCUGUUAUUACUAUACACAAAUGUGUUGUUGAACUAUCCAGAAUCUGAGCAAGUGAGAUCUGCAACUCAAGCUAUCCUAGACAGCAAGUUCUUCAUAAAGGAGUGGUCUAUAUGGGACAACAAUGAAACAGUCUUACAAUAUGUUUGCCGUAUCAAUCCAAGUUUACUUGAUUUCAGAUCAGAACAGGCCACAGAGCUCCCUCCAGGUGAAUUGGUCACAGUUCCAAUACAAGCCACAGUCUUUGAUCUAAAGCGAGCCAUUGAAGAAACUUUCAGAGAUACUUACUGCAUCUUAGAAAAUUUUGUGGUGAGUGAGAUUGAAGAGAUCAAGGAAGGCAUGGGUUUGACCGAGUCUUGUUCUGCAUUAACAGUGAGAGGUCAUGGGAUUGACUUGGAAUCAAACCUGAAGUGUCAAGGUGGAUGUGAUACAUGGAUGGUGAAAUGUGUUUGCAGAGCUAGAGAUGAUGAUGGUGAAAGGAUGAUAUCAUGUGAUGUCUGUGAAGUAUGGCAGCAUACAAGAUGCUGUGAGAUUGAUGAUUCAGACACUUUGCCUCCACUUUUCGUGUGUUCGAAUUGCUGUGAAGAAUUUGCAGAACAACAGAGGAAACUGUUGCAGCCAAAAUAUGAAUUUCCAAGUUCAGACAACAUGUUUCUGAUUGAAUCUGCAGAUGAUUUCUAUGGUGAUCAGCAGAGAUGUCUUGAUUUGAUUUUCCCUGAAGAGAACUAUCUCCUGUAAAGCCAAUUUUGGAUCAAUCUAUGUAGAUAACUCAAUUCUUUUGGUAAAUGAAACAAAACUGUAUUAGACUUGUGUUGUGUUGUGUUGUGGUAUACAAGUUUGGUUAAA